UGUGGUUGUAUCGCACGCCACAAAAGUAGCUACCCCGUAGUGUUCGUAGUGCAAAAAAAUUAUUUAGAACUCACAGAGACACAGACCCAUUCACACACAAGCUUCACGUACGCAAAUUCCCUUUUUUAAUUUUUUUCCGUUUUUUCAAAAUUUUUCCCUUGACGUAGUCGACGUUCGUAGUAGUAGUAGAAAUAUUAUUAUUUUUACCCACUCAUUCAUAAAAAAACGACCGACGCAGCCGUACCACACAUAUGCGAGUGUGUACAAGUGCAUAAAAGACAGAUUAACAGCAAGCAGCAACAACCCUCGUCGCAGACGUCACAACUAACUCCUAAAAAGUAAUCAUUCCUCAUCGUACCACGUGAAACUUCACACAUUCGUUGAAACACACACACGACCAAAUUACCCAGAAAACCAUAAAUUUUCGGGGAUUCAACAAGAUAAAUUUCGCAACAAAUAAAUAAAAAAUUAAAAAAAAAGUGACAAAAAAAAAUUAUGGAAUUAUCAACCAUUUUAUCUGGAUUACUAAUUUUAUCCGUUGCACUUGUCUUGGUGCCCGGCAACGUUCAUGCAAAUUCCUUCGCUGAUCCCGAUGCCGUUAACGAAGACGAGCUCGGAUAUCCACUCUCGGGCGGAGGAGCCAAUUACUUAGAUGACGUCGUUUCGCCGUAUGCACCUGAAAAACGGUCUUCUUCUCUCAUUUAUCUUUUCAGACGUUCCUGCAUUCGACGCAACGGAAAUUGUGACCAUCGCCCGAACGAUUGCUGCUAUCAAUCCAGUUGUCGAUGCAAUUUGUGGGGCAGCAACUGUCGAUGCCAACGCAUGGGACUCUUCCAAAAGUGGGGAAAAUAAAUCCGUAAAUUUUGUUUCUUCUUCUUGUUUGGAAUGAGUCAAGAACGUCAUUGACCUUAAUCUGUAAGAUGCAAAAAUUUUAUUAUGUCAGAAAAUUGCCCACACAAAUUAUUCAUAUUAUUAUUAAAUUAAGCAAAAUAAUGCAAGAUCGCACCUCUCAAUUUUUUUUUUGAAUUUUAUUGACUUGAAUUAACUAAAAAAAAUGCAGUUUAUUAUUUUUAAAUAAAAUGUUUAAAGGUGCAUCAAAGUCAUGUAAAUUUAUCGUAAAUAUUUUAAUAAUUUUAUUUUCGGAACUUUAAAAAAAAUCUUUAAAAAACAACAAUUUUUAUUAUUAUGAUUAUUAUGUUAUAAAAAAGAUACUUACGCUCCUUGUAACGAGACAGGAUCAUCUUUCAAUGUUUGCCAAGCUUCUUUUCAAGACAACUCACGUAACGGAGAAGAUAAUUAAUGACUUUAACGAAAAUCAUUAUUUUGUUUGAAGUCAUCUUUUAUUUCUUUUUUAAUGCAAACAAACAACGAACAGAUUCUGUAUACAAAAAAAGAUAAUGUUUUAUUAUUGUUAUUAUAUUAUUAUGAUUAAAAUAAAUUACAAAAAAAAAAUAAAUAAAAAAAAAUAUGAUGACGACAAAUGAUGAAUGACCUCUGGCCAAAUGACUUUAA